CGUGUAGCAUCUUUACCCUACUCUACAAUAAAACCCACUGUCACGCGGUCUUCAUGUGUUCAACUGCCAGGAAGCUUAAUUACAAUCACCUCUAGUGCCAGGCUAUAACCCGUAUUCAGCCAGUCUUCUACUGCUCGCACUGCUACAAUGGCUUUCGAAUCUGUCGUUCGGGCGAUGCAUCCUGUCAAGGUAGUUGUUUGGGCGAACAGGCGAUAGGCUUUCUCGGAGCGGGGACACUACUUAAUAGCUAUAUGCUGAUCCCUUCUGAAUCUGAUUUUGACCUCGCCGCACAGAAGUUGGUUGAGGCAGGUUUUCGCCCCGCCCUAUGGUCGUACGGUAUAAUCGAUCCACACCUCCUUCCAGGGCUUCCAACGAGGCGUAGUACUGUACGAUUGGGCGAUUUUGAGGCCUGUACGGGUGAGAUUUUGUGUACGUUCGUACGACAGGGAGGAGGAGAGGUAGGUGUACGUAUUCUUCACAUAUUGCUUCGAAGCACAUAUGUCUGCCUUACUCCCCCAAACGAUCUGUUAUCGAUGCAGAGAUUCUAUUGCGACAAGAACUUGUAUUAUCCUGACAAAGCUCUCCUCCUAGAGAGCUUUAUUAGGACUCUCCUCUAGGACUCUCCAGGCUUCUGGCGCGACUUGUUGGGGGUUUGGGCUAUAUCCUAUGUGUAUAGUAUACUGAUGGUUGAAGACACUGUGCUUGAUUCUUGCGACAAAGAAAGUGUUAGG